GGGAGGGCCCCGCCGCCGACGCCAGCAUGGCCGCUCGCGGACUCAACGGCGGCCACGACCGCUCCCUUUCCUCUGCCGCCACGCCGCCAGCCAGUUUCGUCAGCGCGGCGUGCGCUGGCGACGCGCGGGCUGCUCGUCCGCCGCCUCCCCAACCACUGCUUCCCUGCCUUGAGCCAUUGACGCACUCGGGCGCGCUCUGCUGAUCGCUCGGACGCAUACUCCCUGGCGCGUCCCUGUCGCGCGCAUUACUGCUCCGACCCCGCUUCACUCCUUUCCUUUCCUUCCUCGUCGGUGUCGCCUCCCCGGUCGAGUCUCCCACUUGUGGCGACGCGGAGGUGUGCCGGCGGUGGGCGAGGACGGAGCAGCCAUGGAGGCGGUCCAGCCGGUACUGAGUGAAAGAACGAAUCCGCUGCUCAACAGAUCAGCUAGUCCAUCCGGUGUCACGCAGCUUCAACUUCAAUCCCAUGCCGACAACGACGCGGGUUUCUACAACGGAACCUAUUCUUUCCUUGACACCAGACCCUGCACGACCAGAUUUAGCAGCGGUUCAGUGACAUCUGAAGAUUCACCAGCACUGACGCCCAGGUUGCUGUCCUUCAAGUCCAGUUCCAGCCCUGACAACUGCGCGGAAUGGCCCGAGAGAGCAGUGGCAUCACAGUCAAACCGGUACCUCUUCGAUGCGAAUGCGCAUACUCGUUGCGCCGAGUACCUGGAUUUGAUGAGGGUGAAGGUUGAUGCGCAGCUCUGCAAGCUCAAGGGGGGUGUCACCGGCCUGGAGAGCUAUGCCUUGCCGGAGAAUGGCCAUGUGAUUGGUGGUGCACACCUAGGCAUGUCCCUUGAUGUCAUGCUGAUUGAGAUAGAUGAAAGAUUCAACGCCCUGAAGCUGCUGAUUGGUUCCGUGUUCCGGCAGGCUAGGGAGAUGCUUGGAUCGGUCAACUCGUCGGUGUCUAAUCUCCAGUGGGAGCAUGAGCUGCAGCUUGAAGUCUUCGGUGCCGUGAUCGGAGAGUGUAUUGGUGGCCUGCAGGAGGAGCUGGAGAGGAAGCUGUACGAGCAAAUUAAAAUCACAAACACCAUGAGUAGGAAUUGGAAGGAAGCUAUAACUCAAUUUGCCGCCAUGCACGAAGACUUUGGUGCUCUUUGUAAGCUACUACUGCCUUCAGUACCAGAAGCACAUAUUUCUAACAGUAAGCAUGAGAAUUCAGGCAAUAGGAGUAACAGAUGGAAGUACAACUUCUUUGGAAAGAAAACAAGAGAGGACCGUUCUCCACGCGCUGAGGAAAGCAAGAGUUUCAGGAAGCAAAAAUCCUUUGGCGCAAAGGAUGUCAUCUCAGAAAAAUCUGACUUUCGCCAUCUCGACGGUAGGACAAGAGAUGAAGUGAUAAGCUAUUUUAAGUCUGAGAUCAGCAAAUUGAAGAGGAUGCAUGAAUCAGCUUUGCAAGAAAAGACAGAAGAACUGUUCAGGUUUAAACGCGAGAAGGGGUCCCAUGCUCUUAAGAAUGACGUGGAAUUUGAACCUUUGAGAAAGAAAAUUCCGGAGAUCAUGUUGAGAAUGGACCAAAUUAUUUCUAAGAAUAUCCAGAUACCUGCGGUUUGCAUGACUCACAAUGAACUCGAUGAGAGAUGCAGACUGACAAGCAGAAUCAAUGCUUUAUACUACGAAAAUCAGCAUCUUCGAGGAUUGCUUGCAGAUAAGAUGAAGGAUGCUAAGGAUUUAUCAUCUCAACUAUCUGAAUCCAAUAGAAAAUUGUCUCUUCAGUUGUCGUCAGAAGAAGAGCUCCUAAGACAAAUUGACAAAAUUAGAGAAGAAUAUGAGGACCUCCGAAUUGAGGGUGAUGUUAGAGGUGGACUGUACCAAACUGUUACAAGAGGAUUGCUUGAUGAUUCUAUGAACAACAUGAAUGGUGUUGCGCUGAAUUUCAAUGAAAAAGUGUCUUCACUUGAAUCUGUAAUCUCUGAAAAGGAUAAAGCAUUGUGUUCAUCUAAUGAAGAAUAUCGCAAGUUAAAGGAAAAGUUAGUACAACUAAAAAAGGGGUGUUUCAUCCAAGAUCACCAAGAAGAUCCAGAAGUCAUCAAACAAGAGAGUACAGAAAUUGUUCUGCGUGAUAUCGAGGUGGAGCCUCACCCAUCACCACUCAGAUCACAAGUGCAAGAUCUGCAGUGUGAUGAACUUAUCAAACUGAACUCAAGUUUAGAGAUUGCUUCAGGAACCCUGAAGGAAAUUGACAGGAAAAACAUGGAUCAUUGUAGUAGUGUCACUAAGAAUGAGCAAGAAGAGCAGCUGGAGUGUAUACUGGUAUCUAUUAUGAACUUGUCAAAAGAAUUUGUGGAUAUUGAGCAAAAACUGUCAAUGGAAAGAACUGAAAACAGGUCAAAGGAUUUGAGUGAUCAUUGCAAUUAUAUGGUUAGACAAGCUGUGGUACUAACAAAAAUAGGCCUCUGGUAUAAACAAAUGCUUGAAACAAGACGUUCUGAGCUCCAAAAGGCGGAAGCCAAGGUCGUCAUCUUGGGCGACAAGAUGAAUGCACAUUUAAGCCUUCUUCAGAAGAUAUAUGUAACUCUUGACCGCUACUCUCCUACGUUGCAGCAUCAUCCUGUAUUGCUGGAUGCUUUCUUCAAGACAUGCAAGCUUGUUGCAGAUUUGAGAAGUAAACAGAAUGAAGGCCUUAGAUUUGGUUGAUAUUAAAAGGGCACAACUGAUAUCUGAGCUCAUGUGCUAUGGCAUGUGACUCUCCAGUUGCAGACCAAGUGAAAGAUUCUGUCAGACUGAGUUUGAGAUCCUGAUCUGGCUGUAUAUUUGAAAAGCAAUUGAACUAGCAAUUACCUUUCUGGUCUGAAAGUAUUUCCAUACGUCCAGAUAAACCUGCUGCAUGUGGAUCAUGCCAUCAUGGGUGCAGUGCAGUUAUGUUCGUGGCAGCUCUUUUUAUCUGCAGAUGAUGGUCAGAAAUCUGAAAAUUCGCAUCCUGUACAGAAGAAAUGUCAGUGGCAGCCAGUGAUUGGCCUGCUAAUGUACAGAUGACAUCGUGCUCACGUGCUUGUUGGGUAGAGAAUAGAGAUGCUUUUUAGGUACCAGCCUAGGCCAUAGAAUGUAUUAAAGGAUGCUCUUACUCUUAGACCAGGUAGAUGCAGACCAAAUUGUAAGCAUACAGUUAAUCUCAUCCAGUCUUGACUGUUUUCUUCUGUUAGUAAAAUCCAAGAUUUCCAA